AACAUCGUCCCCCCUCUCUCUACAUAAGUUAUCCAUCUAUUAGGAGCAGUAAGAAGACGAGUGUUGGUACAAACAUAUCAAGGGGAUAGCUAUCUUCGAAGAGCAUUGGAGAAACAAAAAUGGCUUCGAGUUCAUUAAAGAAACCCCACGCUGUGUGCGUCCCAUUUCCAUCCCAAGGCCACAUGAACCCCGUGCUAAGCUUGGCCAAAGUUCUCCACUCCAGAGGUUUCCACAUCACCUUCGUCCUAUCCGAUUACAACUACCGCCGGCUGCUUCUGUCUCGGGACUCCAUUCGUGAACUCCGCGACUUCCGUUUCGUUGCCAUGUAUGACGGCCUCCCAUUCUCCGAUGCAAAUACUACGCAGAACGUUCCCGAUCUCUGUGAAUCAACAAUGAAGACCUGUCUCGGUCCAUUCCAAAGGCUCCUUGCUGAUCUCAAUGAAGAGAGACAUACGCCCCCCGUCUCCUGCAUCGUUGCGGAUGGCGCCAUGAGUUUCACACUUGACGCGGCUCUCGAGCUCGAUAUCCCGGAGAUUCUUUUCUGGACCACCAGCGCUUGCGCUUUCCUCGCUUACCUCAACUUCCAACAGCUUGUGGAUCGGGGCAUCGUUCCACUUAAAGAUGCGGCCGCGUUAACCAACGGAUACCUUGACACGGAAGUAGACUGGAUCCCUGGUCUAAGACAAGGCAUACGUCUAAAGGACUUACCCUCUUUCCUGCGCGUGACGGAUAUAAAAGACAAGAUGUUUAACUAUAUCCUGCACGAGACAUACAGAGCUUCCAUGGCCACAGCAAUCGUGUUGAACACCUUUGAAGCCCUUGAGGCUUCGGUCCUUGAGGCACUGCGACAGAUCCUCCCCUCCGUCCACGCCAUCGGCCCACUAUCGCUCCUCUCUCGACGCUUGAUAUCAAACGAUAGCCAACUCGCCUCCAUCAACACAAGCUUGUGGAAGGAGAAUACCGCAUGCGUACCUUGGCUUAACGGCAAGCGGGAUCGGUCAGUUGUGUACGUCAACUUUGGAAGCGUAACUUUGGAAAGCAAAUUGUUAGGGGUUGAGUAA